AUGGCGGUCACCAGUGUAAACAUUUACUCACCGCUUUCAAGACUUAGAAACGAUAAUCAGUUGUUGCUUGAACAAUUAAGACACGGACAGGAUGACAUUUGGAACGUUUUGAAGAACAUGCAAUCCACAAGGGUUUCAUAUCCGACCAGAACAUACGGAGAAACGAGUUUUACCUAUCGAGGAAGAGAUAGAACGCCAUCGAAGGUAUCUCGAAAAGUGCACGAGAACAUCAGAAAUACGGAUCAAACAAGCACACCGAAAAGCUAUGGGCAAGCUUUGGUCGCUGGUGGUAAUGAUAGAAGAAGCAGGACCCCAGUUAUGCCGGCUUCUAUUCUAACUACUCCUGGUAACCGCAAAAAGGUGAGAUAAAAUGUAUUUAAAUGUGAGAGCAAAAGCAGAUGCAAGUCCUUAGCAUUGUAUACUACUGGUGAGAGUUAAUAUAACUACAGUAAGUAAACGUAAAAAGUUAGAAUGCCUCUUGUUCACUGAAAGCACUGUUCGUAUACUACACGUCUUAUCUAUCUGAACAUGGAAACGGUUAGUGUGAAAUAAGACAUUACUAUGCAGGGUACCAUUAAUCAGUCAUCAGUCGAUGAACUUUGUUAUUGCCUGAUCAUGUCAAUUAAAUAUCGAUGUCAGUUGGAAUCAAAUUUAAAUUAAACUUUAUUUGCUUACUUCAGUGAAAUUGUUUAAGCUAGAAUUGUAAAAAGAAAUUGGGUCAAUUUUUGAUCAGUCAAUCUCGUUAAUUGUAACUCACAAUAAAAGAAAAAAAGUAGUGUUAAAUCGAGUUUAAGAGAUGUUUCAAAUUGUAGAUCUUCUAAAACCAAGGGAUUUUCAGGUGAGAUUGUUUUGGUUUAUUUAUCCUGGUUUACAAUGUAAUCAAAAUAAAAUGUAACAUAUACAUGGACAUGAUUGUUCAUCUAAACCUUUCUGGAAAACUUGCUGAUGCCAUGUAGGACACAUUCUUUGCCUCUGACUUGGUGAUGCAUACAUGUAAAGUCUAUUUCUUGAUGAUGCUUCCUCCAGGAUACCCUUUUUUGAGUUCAUGUGUUUCUUCCUUUUCAGACACCCAAAAAAUCUUUGCAUGUUAGCUUUGAACUUUCUCCUCAUCAAGAGCGUAGUGUGAUUGGUGAUGACAAUGCAAGAAGGUCUCUCCUUGGGUAUGACUGGAUUGCAGGUCUGUUAGACAACACUUCGUACCUGUCAGAAAGACCAGAUGACUUUUUUGAUGAGUUGAAAGAGUUUAGAAGAGUUAACAAGGAGGAUUGCUUUGGAACUACUCCCUUGGAGUAAGUGUACACUUUUAACAAGGACAUAUAUAUAUGGGUAUUUAAGAAUGAUAGUUUUGGUGGGGACACAAUGUACUCCAGUUUUGGAAAUGGUAAGAAGCCAAUAACUUCUGUAUAUGUAGCUUGUUACUGUAGCUCAGAUCAUACAUGGAAAGGAGAGUGAGUCCAGCCAAUCUCCCCUGAACAAUAAAGGGGUAAGUUUCGAAAGAAACUGUGGUGCUUUGUUGGUGGGAGAGUAUAACAAUAUGAUUUGGUUUUAUUAACUGAGUUGAUAAUGUAAAUAAGCCACCCUAAAGAGUUUUAAAGCUGAUGCUUGGAGUGUAAGCCCUUAGUCAGAGCUGAAAAGAAAGUAACGCUUGAAAGGUGAGCUUUGAAAGUCUUGAUGUGUGACCAAUUUACAUUAUAUACUCAGUUGAUAAAAGCAAAUUAUCUUGUUGUAUUUUUAACAACAGUUGUACAAGAUUCAAGACACCAUGUUAAGUUCAAGAUUGGAGAUAAUCACUGUUAAAAGCUUUAAUUUGUCAUGUUCCAGUGCAUUGCAUUGCAUGUACAUGUACAUUUGGAUUUGUAUAACAAUAGAGGAAACAACUUACAGCUGUACAGUCAAUUUGCUUGAUAACUCAAUUUGUACAUUCAGUUGGAUAGAUGUGCACUGUGAACAUGUUAAUGUAUUCUGAUUUAACCUUCUUUUCUGGGAACUUUGUAGCAUUUUCUGUUUUAAAGGUCCACUGUGUAUUUUAUCAAACUUAAAGGGCCAGUUACAUGUAUUUAAACAAAUUUUAGCCUUUCUUUAACAAAACUAUGUUCUGAAUGAUCUUAAAUUUAGCUGAAUCUUUCAUCUGAACAUUAAAUUUUGUGAACAAUGUCAAAAGAAGUGAAAGCUUGUAGUGGAAGGACAUUUAUUAAAUGAAAACAACCCCCAUAAAAAGAAUAUGUAAGGCCUGUGGUUUGGGUUAGAUCUUGUGCAAAUAAGUGGCCUAAAGAAUUGGAGUCACUUAGUCUAUUUAGCCACAAUAAUAAUUGAUUUGAAAUGCUGCUCACUAUUAAUUUUGAUACCUCAGGAGGCCAUAUUCUCCACUUAAGUUUACUCCAGCCAAGAACUUUGCAGGCAAGGAAGAGGAUGCAGUCACAUGUAAGUAUUUAUUUAUUUAUUUAUUUAUUUAUUUAGUAUCCCACAUUUACAGCCAGUGAAAAAUUUGUUUUCCUUGGUUUUGAACUCAUUAAUUCCUAUGAAUUAGUUACCUCACCCCUAAGUGAAAGAAAAUGUAUUUUGUAAUUUGAACUAAGCCCAAAAUUUGAUGAUGUAUAAUUAACUAUUGGUGUCAACUGCUGUUUACUGCUACAUGGUGUAUCUUCAAUUAUCCUUGAAUUUUAAUAAUAACCAUUGCUAGAAUUUAUUGCAGUCAGAUCCAUCAGUGUAAAUGAUGUUUUCCUACAGGUGAAAAUGCAUACACUUUAAAUGAGAGGCUCUUUCCUGUACCAAUCCAUGGCCCAGAGGCAUCAUGCUCAGUUUGUCAUACAAAACGAGAGUCAGAGUAUGAAACAGAGGGAAGUUAUGUUCGGUGAGGGCUUUUGCAAUCUUAGCCAUAAAAUAGUACAGCUGUUAUACUUAUAUAGUGAAGUCAAGAAUACACUUUUUAACAUGGUUACCACAGGUCAGGAAAUGGCUAAAGGAAAAAAUAUUGUUUUGAGGUCAAGGGAAUUUCACUUUGAGUUAAGGAAAAUUUAUGUGUCUGGAAUAAGUCAGAGAAAAGUUAAAUCUUGUGUAAAUAUGAACUCCUUUAACUUGGUUUGGCCUCUUUAAAAUUAAGGAUGCUUACAAUUUUAAGUUAAAAUUCAAAGCCUGAUUUUUUUUUGUAUGGAAUGUUAUUCAUGUAAAACUUUAUUGUUUAAUAUAAUUGAUAGAUAACAAGCAUGUCAUUUUCCCUUUUAGAUCAUGUUGGUUUUGUGAAUGAAAUCAUACACUUUUUUUCUUUUAUUUUUAUAGUUUUCUAACCUUUCAUAUUCUUUUUUGGAUUGAUACAUUUCAUUUUUUUCUUCUUCAGAGUGAGUGUACCAAGGUCAUCACUUGUCUCACCCCACAAGUUUAAACCUCAUAGACGAGCAAGCUUUGAUCCAACUGAUUCAGUGGGCUUGUCAUCACAUUGUCUGGCUGGAUGGGAGAGUUCUAAACCCACAGUCAUUCCAAUGCCUUCAUCAUUAGAUCUGAGAACAUCACUUCACAAGUCUCGCACCACACUGGUAUGUCCUUAUCUAGGAGCUACAUGCGCAGUGUAUACUGUACAUGUAAUGAGGUUGAUAUUGAAAAUAUUCUUGUUGUUUGUGGGUAAUCUAUCUUUUACAUUUGGUGUCCAGCUUUAUUUGAGUAUCAAGUUUGGUCACUGUGUUGUGAUCAAGGGCAAGGCACUUUAAUUUUUCUCUUGUUAGUCUCCUCUGGGGUAUAAAAAAGUAUAAUGAGACUGUGUUGCAAACUUCUUAAUGCAGGAUCAAGGGUGAUAGUAAAGGCAGAGGGUGAGGUACAUGUGCGUGGCACCUAGAGAAAGUAUCAGUGCUGUCUUUGUGAAAUCAGGCUCUUAAAUUUUUACUCAACAACUUAAUGCAGACUUGAUCUUGUUCUUAGUAAUUGACAGUGCCUAAAAAUUAAAACUGUAUCCCUAAAAAAACUAUUUUUGAACAUUUCUAAAAUGUCUCUAUAGGAUGCAUCUCGAGCUGGCAACUUCCCAAGCUCUACUGCUGAGACAACAGAGGAGUUAUUAAACAGAAGUCACACGCUCAGAUAUGGUCUUCAGGUGUUAGACAGAGAAAGAAGAGGAACACCUCAACCUCCUCAUACCACACCAUACCCUUUUCUCUGACAAGCUGCUUUUAUUUAGCCAAGUAUAGUUUCCUGGAGAUGAUUCUAUCUGUUACAUGAAGAUGGUACAUGUAUAGCAUUUUUCUACUCUCUUAACCCUUGCACUGCUUGUAUGUGAAAAGCAAUUCUCCUUUCUAGAUGUUUCACAUUUCCUUGUAAAAUAGCAAAGAGAUUUAAUGAUAGACAUUUGAAACCAGGCAAGCACCUUUUAGCUUAUACUGUACUCCCUGUAUCUCUGUCUAUUCUCAUCUCCUGUUAAAUACAUGAAUAUGUGCUUCUCAAUUCAAACAUGUUUGAUUCUGAUUUGCAAAAAAAAUAAUAAUACAAUGGAUGAAUUUUAUUUAAUCUACAUGUAAUGAUGAUUUAUUCAUACUGUUGAUGUAAGAUACAUGUAGCAUACCUACAUUUAUGAAUAAAUUUUGUUGGGGAAUGAUUGCAAAGCAAACCAAUCUAUAGUUUCAGAAAAAUUCACUCAAGAUGUCUAUAAAAGUGUUCAUAACACUUCUCAUGUAAUGUGAUGUUUAGCUCUGUUUACUUUUUAUGUUAAUUUGCUAUUGCUGUUUUUAUUCUGUCAAGUGUAGUUUUGAAAUUUGUGUCACAAAGGCAAUAUUUGAACGAUUUUCAGAGUGAGGAACAAUGUCU